AUGAUUGGCUUAUUGGCAGCACUAGCUGAACGCGAUUGGUACGUCCAACGCGGCACUUCCUCUAGUUAGGCUGUACUGCGUUUUACUGAGCGGGAUAAACUUCGACGGUGAAAAUGCUUCCCUUAUCGUUGCUGAAGACUGCGCAGAAUCAUCCAAUGCUUGUGGAGCUCAAGAAUGGGGAGACCUACAAUGGACACUUGGUGAGCUGUGACAACUGGAUGAACAUCAACCUGCGUGAAGUCAUCUGUACAUCCAGGGAUGGAGAUAAGUUCUGGAGGAUGCCGGAGUGUUAUAUUCGAGGAAGCACCAUUAAGUAUCUGCGUAUUCCAGAUGAAAUCAUUGAUAUGGUGAAAGAGGAGGUUGUGUCGAAAGGCCGUGGCCGCGGCGGUAUGCAGCCUAACAAAAUGCAGCAGAAGGGUCGUGGAGGUGGAAUACCUGGACGAGGUGUUUUUGGGGGCCGUGGCAGAGGCGUGCCCGGGACAGGAAGAGGAGGACAGCAAGAGAAAAAGCCUGGCAAGCCGACGGGGGCCAAGAAUCAGCACUGAGCCCCAGCCUGGCGCGUGGUGGUUUGUGUGCUGCAGGAGAUGCUUGGCGUCUUCCCAGUUCCCGACUGCUUGUUGAGGGAGCGCCGCUCCACUUGGGCUCCUUCUCAUUGUGUGCAUUGAGACUUUCUAUGGAGGUUUUAGACUUGAAAGGAAAGCGUUGGCAUUGUAAGCCCUGAAUUUCUUUGUGUUUUUACCUUGGUGUCAGAAGCGUUUAGUUUGAUGGCAGUGCCACUGCUUUAGGAAAAUUGUGCUCUUUAAUUUUUUGCUGGUUAAAUAAAGUUGUGCAUUGCAAAGAGACAGCAAGAAGAUGCUGUGCUCU